AUGAUACGUCAGUUCAAAUGCGAAAGAUUACACUAUAUUCUAAACACUAACUACAUUGUUACUAUCUAUAAAGAUAAACUGACAAUUGGUAACGAAGUAAAUUGUACAUUAUGAUAUAAAAUAGAGUCAUCCAAAAUAUGAGUAUAAAUUUAAACUUGAAAAUGUUCUACACUGGUAUGUAGAUAACCUAAAAUUAUAAGGUUUUGGGAUUGAAUAUAAGGGAAUUAUCAAAUUUUUUAAAGCAAAUUAUAAAGAUUUAGAACAAUUAAGAAGCUUUUGUAGGAAUCUCAUAUGUUUUGAUAACAUAGUUGAGUUAUACAAAUAAAUAGAUAUUAAUAAUCCAUCAAGGAUAUAAGACUAAAUAUCGUUAUAAUUAUGUGGAAUGAAGAUCGUAACUUAGUAGCAGUUAUUAACAUAAGUUCCACUUAUACGAUAAUUGAAUUAUAAUGGAAUAAUUUCAUACCGUGAAUGUUUUCAAUAUAAAAGCCAAUAUUAUAUUAUAACAGAAUUCGUUGGAGAAAUUACAUUGCGGAAAUUCAUAACUUAGAAUCCAAAAUUGAGUCAUUUACAAUGCAGAGCAAUAAUUCUUGUAAGUAUUCUUUUAUAUUGAAAGCAAUUGUUCAAGACUGUCUAAUAUUUACAUGAUAAUUACGUCAUUCAUGCAACAAUCGAUAUUAAUCACAUCAUUUAUAAAUCAGAUUUUAUCAAAAUAAUUGAUUUUUCUUAAGCCAAAUAUACUAAUAUCUUAGAUGAUUAUGAUAUUAAGAAUUGUAGUCGAAUUUUAUUUUAUAUGUAUUGAAUAUUUCAUAAUCAUAAUUAGGUACACUGGAAAAGAAUAUAAUGAUAUAGAUAAUGAAUAGAAUCUAUAAACUCUAUAAAAUACUUAGACACCAAAAUUAGCACAGGAACUAAUCUUAAGUAUUAUGACUGAUAAGAAUUUAACUGUGUCUUAAAUCUUAGAGCAUCCUUACUUCUCAUUUUCAUUAGAUCCUUAAGAAAGAAAGAAUAGAUUUUAGAAGUUUUAGCGAAUAUAAAGAUCAACAUCAGAAAUGGAUGAUAGUGAUGCUAUCUCUUAAAGUAUACCUGAAUUGUAAACAAAUAAGAGUAAAUCAUUAAGAUAAUUAAUGUGA